UUAUAUUUUUUUGUAAAAUUAUUGCGAUGGGUGAAAAAAAAUUUAGUGGCAUUCAACCUAAGUUACAACAACAACAACGACGUGCUGGCAUGGAAAAUUUCUAGAUAUUAUUUAUCUUAUUCAUAUUGCCAUAUGUUCUUUUUGUGGCAUUGAUGGGGUGAAGAACUGCUAAAUCAUUUCCACAUAUGACCAUGACAUGAGCAGGUGAUGAACUAAAGAAUAGACAGGAAACACAAAGGAGGCAAGCAAACACUGGGAGAAUAUGGGUUCUGGAGAAGGAUCUAUACCACUGAAGAUAAGAUUAUUUGUCUACCUGAGCCAUGCUUUAUCCACUUGGGGUGACAGGAUGUGGUCAUUUGGUGUGGGCUUGUUUAUGGUUAUCAUAUCACCAGAAUCUCUCAGGGUUACAGCUGUCUAUGGGCUAUCUAUGGGUACAGCAGUGUUGUUGUUUGGAGCACUUGUUGGUGAAUGGAUUGAUAGAACACCUAGGUUGAAAGCUGCCAGGACAAGUCUUAUUGUACAGAACACAAGUGUAGUUGUCUGUGCCCUUAUUGUAUAUACUGUAAUUACAUGGAAGACAGAGAUACAAGCUGCCUGGCCUAACGAGGGACUUCUCAUACUGAGCUAUGUGGCGAUCAUUCUAGUGGCUAUACUGGCAAUGUUAGGAAGUAUUGGUACUAACAUCGCAGUACAGAAAGACUGGAUUGUAGAGAUAUGUGGAGAUGAUAAAAAUCUACUUGCUAGUAUGACAGCUACAUUACGUAGAAUAGAUCUCUGUAACAAACUUGUGGCCCCCAUAGCUACUGGACAAAUUAUGUACUUUGCAUCAGUUGGUGUUGGUGCAUUUUUCAUUGCCGGAUGGAACCUGGUCUCAGUGUUUGUAGAAUACAUUCUACUUUGGAAGGUGUAUAGCCUGGUACCAGCUUUGAAAAACAAAAAGUUGAGGAAUGGGGAACCAGCUGAACAAGAAAUGGAAACACUUAAAAGUAACCAAGGAGAUGACUUUGAUGUUGAAGGUCGUGACCCAAUUACCAGUAGCAACAGUAUUGGUGAUGCAGAAAAACUAAAUGAAGAUGCAAGUGUUGCUACUGAUGAAGAGACUAAGCUAAAGAAUGAAACAGAGCAAAACAAAGAGAAGAAAAAGGACCCAUUCUGGAUAAAGAUGUUUUCAGGAUUUAUUAUUUUGUAUCAGGGAUGGAAGACCUACAUUAAAUACGAUGAAGCAUUUGCUGGUCUUGGAUUGGCUGCACUCUACAUGACAGUGCUGGGUUUUGACAAUAUUACAGUUGGUUUUGCUUACACACAAGGUAUAAAUGAGUCAAUUAUGGGCGUAGCCAUGGCAGCAGGAGCUAUCACAGGGAUUGUAGGAACAUUUUUAUAUCCUUUCAUAAGUAAACGCAUUGGACUGGAAAGGACAGGCUUGUUUGGCUUUUUCUUUGAAGUGAUGUUUUUGUGUCUCUGUGUGGCGUCCAUUUGGGCACCAGGAUCACCUUUUGAUCCUUUCCUUAAACAAUCAGCUGACACAAUCUUAGUUUGUAAUUUACCCAGUGAUAAUGGUACAGGGUUAACAAAUGGAAAUUUGACUUCUGUGCCUUACAAUGUAACAAAUUCUGACGUGUUUAACAAAACACUUGGAAAUACUAGUUUAAGUGUUGAUGGACUGCAGCAAACCAUGACUGGAUUGAAUACUACUGGAGAUCAGUCAAGUUGUGCUGAACAAGAGGCAGAUAGAGGCAAACAUUCCCUUAUUUCUGUGUGGCUUUUAUUGGCUGGAAUUAUCGGAGCAAGAUGUGGUUUAUGGAUGGCAGAUUUAACUAUUACACAGCUAUUCCUGGAGCAUGUGAAAGAAACGGAGCGUGGUAUUGUAAAUGGCGUUCAAACUUCACUCAAUAAAUUGAUGGAUAUGCUCAAGUUCAUCAUGGUGAUAGCAGCCCCAGAUCCUCAUGUUUUUGGCAUUCUCAUUUUAGUUUCCUUCUUAUUUAUCAUUCUUGGUUGGAUUUCAUAUGCUAAAUAUUCAUAUGGGGUCAGAGGUCAUUUAUUCCAUUUUGAUAAGAUAAGAAAAUGUGAAUGUUCGGAUACCAGAAAUAAUAAUCAAGUUGAGGAGGUCAUAGGUGAUUGAUAUAGUCUUCUAAUUCAAGUCAAGUUAAAAAAUGAUAUAUUUAAGCUUUCUGUUAAGGUUAAUGGCCAAAAAACUUUAAAAUAUUAAAGAAAAUUCGCUUAAAAGUUGGAAUACUUUUCACCAACAAAUUUCGAAUGGGCUUCUUAUGGAUAGAUAACUCGUGGAGUCAUUUUUUGCUUAAUUUUCUCCAGUACCUUUAGAUAUAUCUUCUAAGUUUUCUCAAAAACCUUCGUAUAUGUUCUCUCUUGUUUUUAUGAAGAUCAGAUAAAUCUGCCAAGCAGUUUUGUACAUAUGCUCUCUUUUCUACUUCUAUUCACCAUUGACAGUAGUUGUCUGCUUAUUUGACAGCUCUUGUUUUUGUUUUACACUCAAGAUACAUGACAUGUUAAAGAAUCUCAUUAAGUAAUAAGAAUAGAAGGAUGUUAAUCUCAGGCACAUGGUGCCAAAUCACUGAGACCAUCAUAAAUAUCAAAAUGUGCUUCAAUUGUACAUGUAUUACACCAGUUUCUACUUGUAAGGUGAGUUUAAACUUAAGUAUUACAUGUAUAGAGACUAUGCUUGGUCACAUUUUCUUUUAAUCAUAGUAUAUUAAUUAUUAGUCACAUGUUCUUUUAAUCAUAGUAUAUUAAUUAUAGGAUGCUUUUCUUCUUUACUGAAGAAAAAAAGCAUUGCCAUACAAAGGGAUCUCAUAAAGUUAAAUUUAUUCAUGUACAAAAAGUGGUUGUUACAUAUUUACUUGUAUAAGAUAUUUAUGUUUUACAAUGAUUUCUAGCUGUAGUUUUGUAAUUGUUCUGUUGAUUUUUACAGGUGAUAUUUUUCUUUGUAAAUAAGAGUUGGCUUGAACAUAUAUUUUAUUUGAGUUCAAGUAACUAUGUGAUAUUAAGUGCACAUGUGUUUAAUUUCCUUUUUAAUGUGAUACAAGCUUUUGACAAAAUCUUCAUGUUUUGUCAACUAUCUAGUCUUAUUAAGAUCAAGUUAAGAUCAUGAUGACCUGGAGCAAAGAUUUACAAUAGUCACCACAAGUGAUAAAGUUGUUCAACUUGUUUAUACAUGGUAAACUCUAAAAUUUAAUUUAUUGUUGUUUCUUAAUUAUUUAUUCUUAUUUUAGGAGUAUUAUUAUUGGAUGAUAAGAUUCAUAACUUGUGUUCAGUUCAAACUUUGUCGUAAUAGGCUAAAUGUAUCGUAAAAAUCUUAAUACAUCUCAAUUAUAGUGAAGUUUAUCUGGGAUUUUACUAACUUAUUUAUCUAAUAUAUACAUGUACAGACAACUUUUAUUAGAUAACAUGUAUUUUGUUCUUAAAUUGGCAAACAUAUAACCUUUCUGGGAAGUUCACAGUUGUAAGAUGUGCGUCAGUAUUUUAGAGCCUUCAUUCACUUAUUUCUUAAUAUGAUCUUUAAGUCCUUAAAAUACAUGAUUGACAGUUCAACAAUCAAAAUGAUCAAAACAAAUAAGAAGGUCAGAAUUCAUUCAGGAGUAGUCUUUUAGAUAAACUUCACAAAAAAUGGGUUGAGAUUUUGAGCAUUGUAAAGCUUAUACAUUCUUGAAUUGUAAGGGAGAUACUGUUGAAAAUUGUAAUACUUGUAAAGUGAAAAAUAUAUCUAGUCAUGCUGUUAAAACAUCUGAAUAUGAUGGUCUAUAGUCUAGUUCCCGGUGAUCAAUUCACUUGAGCUUAAAGUUUAAGUGACUUAUGUGAUUGUCUGAUGUCUGUAGUUUGUCGUUCUCUAGUAUCCACCUUUUAUGCACCCAAAAGGUGGCAUAGUUAAGUUUUUGAAUUGUCUGUAGACUAUCGGGGCUAUAUAAA